CUGCCACUUCCGGGUACGGCCGAGCAGGCAAAACAGGAAGAACAUGGAUUAAAAUACAACGCCAAGACGCCGCUUUUAAACACAGAGGUGACCCCCGUCAGCGUCGAUUCUAGAUUCGUGGAGAAAAUUACAUUUUAUUUUAAAAUUAUGUUACACCGAGUAAAGAACGUUAUUUUUGUUUAACCGGAAAGCCGUCUUGUUAGCUUGAACCCCCGGUUAGCUUUAGCAGGCAAGCUAAUGAGAAUUAGCAUUAUCUCCUCUCCAUUGUUGACUUGGUGCCAACCGCAUCAUUCUCGCCCGGGGAGAGCAGACAAGUGUGCUUUAUUGUUUCCCCAGUUUUAUAUUUCACUAACUUUAACACCUACUCGAGAUGACAUUUUUUUAAACGCCCCCAUUUUCGGUUUUAAUUCUCGACGAAAUGGAUGUGAGCCGGACUCCAGUCACUUUAUUAAGGAAAUAACAUUUCCACGUCAUUCAAUCGGAACCACGGCUUCUUCUUUUUCUCGCCAAUAGAGAAUUUCACCGACUAAUCCCCAGACUUGCAUUCGGGAAGAAGACGUUUUAAAAUUUUCCACAGCAAGACUUACAUUUGGAGACUCUACUCAACAGUGAAGGAUGGAUGGCCUGUCUAUCAGUGAGCUCUGUGGCCUGUUCUGCUGCCCGCCUUGUCCCAGCCGUAUCGCAGCCAAGCUAGCCUUCCUGCCCCCGGAGCCCACGUACGCCUUCAUCCCGGAUGCAGACCCGGGCCCCAAUGCUGCGGGGGCGACGAGGGCUUCGAGCCUGCGGCCUAGAAGCGGCGUGGCUGUCGCCGGGAGCGCACCGUCAGAGGGAAAAUGGAAACUUCAUCUGACUGAGCGCGCUGAGUUCCAGUACUCGCAGAGGGAGCUGGACACCAUCGAGGUGGCGCUCGCUCAAUCCAGCAGAGGGAACAAAAUCGGCUGCAUGUACAUCCGCUGUGCUCCUAAUUCCAGAUUCACAGUGCUGUUUUCCCACGGUAAUGCGGUGGACCUUGGCCAGAUGAGCAGCUUCUACAUCGGCCUCGGCACACGCAUCAACUGCAACAUCUUUUCCUACGACUACUCCGGCUACGGCGUCAGUGGCGGCAAACCCUCUGAGAAGGACCUCUAUGCCGACAUCGACGCCGCCUGGCACACUCUACGCACGCGGUAUGGUGUCAGCCCAGAGAGCAUCAUCCUGUACGGACAGAGCAUCGGUACAGUUCCCACGGUGGACCUGGCGUCUCGGUACGAGUGCGCUGCCGUGGUCCUUCACUCGCCGUUGACAUCUGGCAUGAGAGUGGCUUUUCCCGACACAAAGAAGACCUACUGUUUUGAUGCUUUCCCCAACAUCGAGAAAGUGUCCAAAAUCACAUCCCCGGUGCUCAUCAUCCACGGGACGGAGGACGAAGUGAUCGACUUCUCCCACGGCCUGGCUCUGUUCGAGCGCUGCCCCAAGGCAGUGGAGCCCCUGUGGGUGGAGGGGGCGGGACACAACGACAUCGAACUGUACAGUCAGUACCUGGAGCGCCUGCGUCGCUUUAUAGGACAGGAAGUCACCUUACCACAUGCCUGAGCGCUCAUUUUGGAACCACUCCACCCGCUCAUUGUCUCACUGACACAGCAUCACAUCAACACAUAAAACACAAACAUUUCUUUUGUUUCUGAAAAAUGUUUGACUUUGUUAUAUCCUCGAAAUUUAAAAUUUUCUUUAAAAAAACUACAUUUUUUCUUGGAAAAACAUGACUAAUUUUUAUUUAAAAAUAUCUACUUUUUUUCAAAUUUGAAAAGAUGACUUUCUUGAAAAAAAAAAGAUGGUAAAAUAUUUUAAAUGACAACAUAUCUUUUGUGAAAAACUGACUUUUUUUUUGCUAAAUUGCAACAUUUUCUGGGGGGAAAAACCUUUAAAAGUGACUUUAAAAAAUGUGGUUGUUUGAAGUCAGGGGUUUUUCAUAAACCAAAACAACAUUUUUUAUAUUUACAUUAAUUUGAUUAUUUGACUUAGAAAAUGUGAUUUGUUUCUGAAAAAAAUGUGACUUUGUCAUAUUAUCGAGAUUUAACAUUUUCUUUAAAAAAAAACUUUUUUUCUUGGAAAAACAUGACAAAUUUUUAUUUAAAAAUAUCCACUUUUUUCCAAAUUUGAAAAGAUUACUUUCUUGAAAAAAAAAAGAUGGUAAAAUAUUUUUUAUGAAAAAAUAUCUUUUGUGAAAAACUUACUAUUUUUUGCAAGAUUGCACCAUUUUCUGGGGAAAAAAAUCAAAUAAAAGUGACUUUAAAAAAUGUGGUUGUUUUAAAGUCAGGUGUUUUUCAUAAACGAAAACAAUAUGUUUAAAAUUUACAUUAAUUCGAUUAUUUGCCUUAGAAAAUGUUUCCUUUCUGAAAAAAAUGUUGACUCUGUAUUAUCUUAAAGAAAAACGAUUUUUCUUCAAAUAAUCCUCUUUUUUUCCAAAUUUGAAAAGAUGGCUUUUUCUUGGAAAAAAAAAGAGAUAAUUUUUCUCGAAGAAAAAUCCAAAACAUAUUUUAUAUAUUUAAUAUGAAUUGUUUUGUGGAAAACUGACUUUUUUUUCCAAGAUUGCAAAAUUUUCUGGGGGUAAAAAAAAACUUAUAAAAGUGACUUUAAAAAAUGUGGUUGUUUUAAAGUUAGGUGUUUUUCUUAAAACAAAACAAUAUUUUUAAAAUUUACAUAAAUUGAAUUAUUUGACUUAGAAAAUUUGUUGAGUUUCUGAAAAUAUUUGACUUUGUCAUAUAAUCAAGAUCAAAAUUAUCUGUAAAAAAAAAAAAAAACCUUUUUUUCUUUAAAAAUAUCAAAUUUUUUCCAAAUUUGAAAAGAUGGCUUUUUCUUUAAAAAAAAAAGAUGUUAAAAUAUUUUUCUUGAAGAAAAAUUAAAAACAUAUUUUGUAAAUUUAAUAUGAAUUGUUUUGUAAAAAACUGACUCUCCCCCCCCCCCAAGAUUGCUACAUUUUCUGGGGGUAAAAAAAACUUUAUAAAAGUGACUUAAAAAAUGUGGUUGUUUUGAAGUCAGGUGAAUUUCUUAAAAGAAAACAAUAUUCUUUAAAUGUAUAUUAAUUUGAUUAUUUGACUUAGAAAAUGUGUUGGGUUUCUGAAAAUAUUUGACUUUGUCAUAUGAUUGAGAUCAACAUUUUUUUUUUAAAAACUACAACUUUUUUCUUAGAAAAACAUGACUAUGUUUUUUUAAAUAUCCACUUUUUUCAAAUUAAAAAAUAUAACUUUCUUGGGAAAAAAAAGAUGUUAAAAUAUUUUUAAUGAAAAAAUAUCUUGUGAAAAACUGACUUUUUGCAAGAUUGCAACAUUUUCUGGGGGGAAAAAACGUUUUAAAAGCGACUUUAAAAAAUCUGGUUGUUUUGAAGUCAGGUGUUUUUCAUAAACGAAAACAAUAUAUUUUUAAAUUUACAUUUAUUUUAUUAAUUGACUUAGAAAAUGUGUUUUGUUUCUGAAAAAAAGUUGACUGUUAUAUCGUUGUGAUCUAAAUUAUCUUUAAAAAAAAACAAAAAACUUUUCUUCUUGAAAAAUAUUCCCUUUUUUCCCAAGUUUGACAAGAUGGCAUUUCUUGAAAAAAAAAAGAUGGUAAAAUAUUUCUCAUGAAGAAAAAUCAAAAACAUAUUUUAUAUAUUUAAUAUAAAUUGUUUUGUGAAAAACUGACUUUUUUUUUCCAAGACUGCAACAUUUUCUGGGGGGAAAAAACCUUAUAAAAGUGACUUUAAAAAAAUGUGAUUGUUUUGAAGUCAGGUGUUUUUCUUAAAAGAAAACAAUAUUUUUUUUAAUUUAUUCGAUUAUUUGACUUAGCAUAUUUGUUGGGUUUCUGAAAAUAUUUGACUUUGUCAUAUGAUUAGAAAUCAAAAUUUUCUUGAAAAAGUCCAACUUUUUUUUCCAAAUUUGAAAACAUGACUUGAUUGUUAUUAUUUAAAGGAAAAAAAACUCCCUUCAAAAGCACAUGUUUUAUCUUAUGAAUUAUUUUGUGAAAAACUGACUUUCGCAAAAAUGCAAAUCAUUUUCUGGAAAAAAUUACUUUAAAAAAAUUUGGUUUUGAAGUCAGGUGUUUUUCCUGAAAUGAAAAAAAAAUGUUUUAGUCACAUUUAAUUUGAUUAUUUAUAACACAGGAAACGUCUUAAAACUAUUUUGGCCUGCUCAGUAGACACUGAUAAAAAUAUUUUUUUCCCAAGAAGUCACAUUUUCUGUCUUGAAAAAUAAUUUAAAAAUAAUUGUAUUCCCCGAAAAUUAAAUUAAAAUCAGAUUUUCUUCUUUUUAUAAAUGUUUUUCCCAAGAAAAAAAGACUGUUUUCCUGAUGAAAUACACGCAGCACUAUAAUACAGUACUGUAUAUAUACUUUCCCCCUCUGAAGUCCAUUCUGGUUCCAGUCAGAAGUUUUCACCCACGUUCUCAUCGUGGAACACGAGCACGUGGGUCCAAACUUUACCCUGGUUCUCUUUGUACAAAACCCCACGAAGAUAUGUUUCGAGAUUGUUGUGUUCAUGUUUCUCAGGUUCUAAACUCAACAUGUAUUCAGCAUCAGAGCUGGCAGGGACCUUUGGCGCCCUCUAGUGUGGCGGACAUGAACUGCAGUUAAAUGGAAAGACUUGUCUUCUACCUCAAAACUGUCUUUGACUUUAAUUGUGUGACCGGAAGUCUCAAAGUCCACGGACUGUUGACUUGUUGGGCGAAUGUCAACGAAACCCACGUGACAUAACGGAACUUUGAGUUGUUUGAUGUGACUUUUAGGAGCGGUUAUUGUAACUCUUGUGCACACGAUGAAUGCUGCAAUACUUUUUAAAGCUGCUUUUUUGGUGGCGGGAUCUUGAAUAGACGAUGAAGCCCUCCACCAGAACUUUGAAUAGUGGUUAUUAUUUCCUAGUUUGCACUAAACAUCAUCUCCAUUUUGAUGGUUUUUCUCACUGUAUUUGUACAAGAUGAUCACCGUGACCCUUUUCUAAUGUUUGGGUUCUUCUCUAAAGAUUUGAACGAUGAUAUUAUUAUAAGAACCUAAGUUGUUUUAUUUCCUUCAUGCACAUAUCUGAUGUAACCACAGUACUUUACUUGUUUGACUGCAGACAUGACUUCACUCAACUUUCAUUCUACCUUGGAACAAGAAUCCAAUAAACAUCCUGUCAGGAGGAAUGUGAGUCAUUAUGUUCUAUACUCCUCACCGGUUAGUUGGAGCCUACCCCAGCUGACAAGAGGCGGUGUUAAUUUUCACUUUUGAGUGUAAUUUUCCACCCUCUUCAUCCUAAUUCUAAUACUUAGUACAGCUCUCCACUGCAGUAAUAAUAAACACACAAGCUGACUAUUUUCAUUGCACUGUGUACCUAAUGUUGUGUCCCUUUGGAUUCUCUUCCAUUUCAGCCAUUGAACCGUUUUAUGUCUCAGAUUUACAAGCACAAUUAGCAAUAUGUUCUUAAUUGGGUGUAAUUUUUAUUUUUUUGCAUCAACGUGACAGUAUUGUCAUUAGGUUAAACUAAUCAUCUCUUUUUCUUCCAAGAAAAACAAAGUUGGGAAAACAUUGCAGUUCGAUUAACAGCUUGAGAAGCAAACUUUACUGGUAAGAUUGUGACUUUGAAAAAAGUCACUUUUUUCAUGUUCUUUUCAAUCUGGAAACAUUAAUUUUUCCCCGUUAAAUGUUUUACUUGACUUUCGUAUUUUCAUGUUAAUUUUUAAGACAUUUUCUAAGGCAAAAUACAUUUUCUUGAAAUGCAUGACUAUUCUUAAGUAAAACAAUAUUAUUUCACUCUAUUCCUAUAUAUUAAAAACAAUUAUUUUCUCCAAAUUUUCACCCUGAAAAAACUUUUUGUGUAUCUUGGAAAAUAUGACUUAAUUCUCAUAAGAUUAAAUC